AGUAUACUGUAUUCAUCUCAUUCAUGUGUCUGGCAGUGAGUGGAUUCUGGCGGAGCUCCAGUGAACAUCUGGAAGGAGAUCGAUGCGUCAGGAGAAAUGAGUAACAAUGAUGUAUGUGUGAAUGUGCUGCAUGCAUACGCCGCCACGGACUCUAGAUUACAGUGGAAACUCAGUGUCGUGACCCGCAGGCGUCUGAAUGACACACUGAAUCUGAGAUCCUGCCAAGACGCGUGAUUUAUGUGCUGCAGUACCUGCUUGUAAAAGAGCCGUGACUGAACGCUAGUGUAUAUAUACACACCUUACUCACACCUACAACACACACAGAGCUGCAGGUAAGACACUAUCAGUGGAUCUGUAUAAUAUCUCAUGCAAAACUUUUGAAAUGACACUCUUUCUGUUUUUUCUCAGUCUUUUCACAUGGAGGGGCCCGUCAUUGUCCUGCUAUUGCUGUGUUUUAAUAGUUCACUCGGGUUCAUUAGUGCUCAGACAACAGACAAACCUCCUGAUGAUGCAAAGACUAUCUCAUGGAAACCACUGAACGCCACCGCAAACAAAACCCCGAUGUGUUCCGGACCAGCACGGAUCAAAGACGCCUUCAAGUACAUCAACAGCAUUGUGUCAUGUUUCGUAUUCCUGUUCGGGAUGGUUGGAAACCUGACUCUCCUGAGAAUAAUCAAAGAACACAAAUGCUUGAGAAAUGGACCCUAUAUUCUCAUCGGCAGUCUGGCUUUAGGCGACAUUUUGCACGUCUUGAUUGGCAUACCCAUCAAUGUUUAUAAGCUCCUGGCGGUGGACUGGCCGUUUGGUGUCCUGCUCUGUAAACUGGUGCCGUUCAUUCAGAAAACCUCCGUUGGGAUAACGGUAUUGAGCCUGUGCGCUCUGAGCAUAGACAGGUAAGAGUGUUUAUACCGAGUCAUUGCAUCCAGGAGUCGUAUCAAAGGUCUUGGUUUUCCCAAAUGGACUGCUAUCAAACUCUCUUUAAUAUGGACAAUUUCAACAUUGCUGGCUGUUCCGGAGGCCGUCGCGUUUGAUUUGAUUACGAUGGAUUACAGAGGCGAGCAUCUGCGGAUAUGCCUCCUUCAUCCUGUACAAUCCACUCCAUUCAUGCAGUUUUAUAAAAUGGCCAAAGACUGGUGGCUCUUUGGGUUUUAUUUCAUCGUGCCGCUGGCGUGCAUCGCUGUCUUUUACUCGCUGAUGACUUGGAGGAUCUUAAGCGGAAGCGUUAAGAAGUUGGACAAACACAUAAAGCAGGCCACUCUCUCUGCCGGUUGUUGCCGUUCAUCCAAACCUGUCCUCACUCAGGAAGAGAACCAAAGUUUCAUGAGGUCAAAGGUCACGGAGCCACCGUCUGACAACAGCAACUCUGUCAAACAAGAGUCAGCAUCUGGUGACACUGAGAGAGCAACCUUUCUUCAGAAAUUCGCUUGUCUUAGAACGUGAAAUCAGCUUCUGAUGUUGUAUAUUUACUGUUACUGUUUUGUUUUUGUAAAUACAAUAUGAAUGAAAAGCAUUUAACACUGUUGCAUUUUAUAUAAGUCUGCAUACACAGA